UGGUAAACGACAAGCGUCAAAGUAUUUACUAUAUUAACAAAUAUUUGAGAGAAGAAUUUUUGAUUAUAAAUUAAUAAUCAAAGGCAUCAAGGAAAGCAUCAAUGGCGGAAGAAGCUUACUUGUAAUAGCCACGAGUGAAGAAGAAGAAGAAAGCCACUGGAACAAAUAAGGAAGACGAUACACUCACAGAGAGAGAGAGAUACGUGUUUCUCUGUGUGUUUCUACGCUUUUUGGCUUUUCUUCGCGGCUUCCACGAAGAAGCCGAACGGCGUGAUUCGCAUUGUUCUCCACAUUGUCUCAUCUUCCUCCGAUUUUGAUUCCACCAUUUUCAGAUAUAUUACUCUCUUCCGGAUCUGAAUUGUGUUGGAACCAAUUGGUUCUGAUUUCAGAUUUCGAAUUUUUUUAAUUUGAAUCCAAAUGGAGAAAGCAGAGAACGAGAAGAAGCCAUCGGCUGUAUCUGACGUCGGAGCAUGGGCUAUGAACGUAACGAGCUCCGUUGGGAUCAUCAUGGCUAAUAAACAACUAAUGUCAUCAUCUGGAUUCGGCUUCAGCUUCGCGACAACUCUCACGGGAUUUCACUUUGCUCUUACUGCUCUCGUUGGUAUGGUGUCGAAUGCGACUGGUUUAUCAGCAUCUAAGCAUGUUCCUCUUUGGGAGCUUCUUUGGUUCUCACUCGUUGCUAAUAUCUCAAUCGCUGCUAUGAAUUUUAGUCUUAUGUUGAACUCUGUUGGCUUCUACCAGAUAUCGAAAUUGAGCAUGAUUCCAGUUGUUUGUGUGAUGGAAUGGGUUCUACAUAGUAAGCAUUACUCGAGAGAAGUGAAGGCAUCUGUCAUGGUUGUUGUUGUAGGAGUUGGGAUUUGUACUGUUACUGAUGUCAAAGUUAAUGCCAAAGGUUUCAUUUGUGCUUGCACUGCCGUUUUCUCCACUUCUCUCCAGCAGAUCUCAAUAGGUUCACUGCAGAAGAAAUACUCGAUCGGAUCAUUCGAGUUGCUGAGUAAGACAGCUCCAAUCCAAGCCAUUUCACUCCUCAUCUUUGGUCCAUUUGUUGACUAUUUCUUGAGUGGCAGAUUCAUUUCGACUUACAAGAUGACUUAUAGCGCAAUGUUAUGCAUUCUUCUCUCCUGCGCAUUGGCGGUUUUCUGCAACAUAAGCCAAUAUCUCUGCAUCGGAAGAUUCUCUGCUACCUCAUUCCAAGUUCUUGGCCACAUGAAAACAGUCUGUGUCUUAACAUUAGGAUGGCUUAUCUUUGAUUCGGAGAUGACAUUCAAGAACAUAGCAGGGAUGGUCUUAGCCGUGGUGGGAAUGGUGAUAUACAGUUGGGCAGUCGAGUUAGAGAAACAGAGAAAGUCGAAAGUGAUACCGCAUGGUAAACACAGUAUGACAGAAGAUGAGAUUAAACUUCUCAAAGAAGGUAUAGAACAUAUGGAUUUGAAAGACAUGGAGCUUGGAAAUAAUAAAGCAUAAAUAUAGCUCUAUUCAAGAGAAACGUUUUUUGGUUAUAUUUUUGGUUACUCAUUUCCCCCAUCAUGUACUCUUUUCUUUUGCCCUUUUUUUCGUUCUUUGUCUCAAAGAACCUUUUUAGCCUCUUAUUGAUGAGCUCUCCUCUGCAGAGCACAUUCUUUUUUCUAUAGAAAUAUAUGAUUCCUCUACUUCUUUGCAUAUAUCAUUGGCACAUAUCAUUCUUGAUUCUGAUUGAAAAAAAGAGAAACAAAUCAUGAAAUCAAAAUUGUGUUUUUGACAUCC